AUGGGAGGCGGUAAGCCAGGGCAGCCAUGCUGGAGUGAAAGGAAGGAGCAUGAUUGGAGAAAGGCGUUAUCAACAAGGAUUGUGGAUGUAGAUGGAGCGGUCAGCCAUUUGAACAGAUUGUUCGUCAGUGUCAUGGGUAUACAAGAGAUCACAGUGGCAGUGAGCGAAACCGUCAUCCACAACCAGUCUACAACGCAUCAAAAGACACAAUAA